UCCACCAUGCCCACAGCACUCCUGCUGCUGUGUGUUGCCCUAGUGCUACUUGGGCCUGUCCAUGGAGCCACAGCGAGAAACGAAGAGAAAUGGAAGUCGCUCAACAACCCCCGAAACCGAGAGCUGUUUUUCAGAACCCUUCAGGCAUAUCUUAAGGGAAGAGGUCUUGAUGUUGGGAGCUUUCCGAACACUUUCUCCAUGAAUGAGGAUCCUAGACCUCUUUCUUUCCAAUCAGAACUUCUUGCUUCUGCAUUUGCAGAUUAUGAAGAACAGAAAAACUCCUUUCCCAAUAACCUCAAAGGCUGAAUGUUUCCUCUGAACACAGAUGUCUGGCUAUUUUAAAAAUACAAAUGAAACUUCUCAUUAGAAAAAUUCAAUCAUG